AUGGAACACCCUGAAGAAGUGAAGAUGGGGAACGAGACCAUUGUUACUAGCUUUGUCCUCUUGGGAUUUUCUCACCUUGCCAACCUGCAGCUUUUACUCUUUGUGCUUAUUCUUCUGAUGUUCCUGGUCACCCUGACAGGGAACUGUCUCAUUGUUGUCAUCUCAGCCAUUGACCCUGCCCUGCACACCCCUAUGUACUAUUUUCUCAAGAACCUGGCCUUGAUUGAGAUCUUCUACAGCCUGUGCAUUGUCCCUAAUGUGCUGGUGAGUUUGCUGGUGGAGAGGAGAGUCACUUCUUUCACUGCCUGUUCCCUACAACUGAAUGUCAUCAUGCUGUUUGUCACCUCUGAGAGUUUUCUCUUAGCUGCCAUGGCAUAUGACAGGCAUGUGGCUAUUUGUCACCCCUUGCAGUAUACUACCAUCAUGAACAGGAGACACUGUUUUUGGAUGGUGAUUGUGUCUUGGAUUUCUGGUAUCCCAGUGAUGGUAGGAUUCACUGCUUGGUUGUUCAGCGUACCCUUUUGUGGGCCAAAUGAGAUUAAUCAUUUCUUUUGUGACAUUCCCCCAGUGCUGAAGCUGGUGUGUGCAGACACCUCCUUAUUUGAGCUGCUGAUUUUUAUAGUCAUUGUUCUAAUAGUGAUGAUCCCAUUUUCCUUGAUAACUGUCUCAUACCUCCGUAUCAUCCAUGCCGUCCUCCAUAUGCAGUCAGCAGAGGGACGACGUAAAGCCUUCUCUACCUGUGCAGCCCAUUUAGUGGUGGUGACUCUGUUCUAUAGCACAGCUGGUAUUGUUCACCUGCGCCCCAAAUCCAACCUCUCACCAGACAGUAAGAAGCUAGUGACUCUCUCUUAUACAGUGGUUACUCCCAUGCUGAACCCCAUUAUCUAUAGCCUGAGGAACAAAGAGGUUAAGGAAGGCCUGAGGAAAUCAUUUUGCAGAAGGGGGUUCACUGAGAGGCCAUCAGUUUCCCCUCUAGACAGGUGA